UGUACCGCUCUGGGCAAGGGCUGGACAUCCGACGUCGCCCUGAGGUUUUUCUUUGGCUGGUUGUGCGCCUGUGCGAAAAAAGGCCUCGAUCCCUGGUUUGAGGACGCGUUUAGGAAACUCUAGGGCGCCACCGUCCAGGGUCUGGGGUGCGCCAAGUGGGGAAGGUGUGGGGCUCCUUUUUGCGCCUUUGCGCCUACGGGCGAUGCCUGCGAGCGAUCGUCCCCGCCUCCUCGGGCCUCGGCGUUGACGGAAAUAGAAUGGGCGGCCCUGUGGGGCGUCCGCCGGGACCGCCGCAAGAGCUUCCCAGUAAGGGCCUUGAGCGUGUUUCCACCAUAAUGCGCGAGAGACCGAGGUUCCGAGGGCCUGCCCGCAGCCCAGGGUCCUCCUGUCGUGCCGGGGGACUGAGGGCGGAGGAGGUGCUGUUCCAGCGGGCCACUCCCAACGGGUGCGCGCGCGCCCUCUUCCUCCCCGGCCCCCCACGGGUUGGCGUGGGACCAGCACCGCUACCGAUGUCUUUGGCGAGUGAAGGGUCCACUUGCCGAAGCCGGGCAGUCCUACCCCCAAGUUCCUGGAGCCCCAGCGUUAGCGGAUGAGUGUGCCUUGGGAUUCCUGCCGCUUUCAUUUCCUUGUCUGGGAUGAUGGGAGUCACUUUCACUUUGUGCCUUCGUGCUCCAGAUUACUGGCUGGACACCUGAGAUAUUGUCAGCAGUACCAGAUUCCUCAUCACCACCAACUCCAGCAGUCAGCUGCCCUCGGAGAUGGAAGAGAGGGCACGAGCAAGUGAGGUUCUGGUCCCCGCAGCACUCAAGAAUGGAACCAUGGGAACUAGCAUGCAGUAAGGAUGCUGGUGGCUACCUUCUGGCUCCCAGCUCUACGAUGGGUAACGUCAUUGUACCAUUUCAUGUACGAAGAUGAAGGACCCUGACAACAAAACCUAAAACAAACCCUCACACUAGAGCAACAAAGAGGAAAGCUCUCGUUCUCCAGCAGUCGUGGGCGUGUACUGAGACUGCCCUUCCUUUUGUUUUCACGUGUGGCAGAAACUCAGGUUGGUCCCCAGGAGACAGGACCAAGGCAUCAAUAUCCUGAUGUGCCAGCCACACCUAGACGACCCAAAGACAGGCAAGUCUGGGAAAGUACAUUUUGCGCGGUCCAGUUUAGCAGGGAAAACAGAUGGCUUAGCAAAGUGUCAGAAAACAAUCCAGACUCCAGAAAAAUUUAGCCUAGGGGCUUGCAAAUCUGAUGUUAACCCCUUUACAAAACACGGAGAGGUCAAUCCAGGGCACAGGCCUCCAGAGGUAGAGCCAGGCUCUGUGCCAAAGCACCGUCCCUCCUAACUCGCCCCUCUCAUCAGGCUAUGUCCUUUUAUUUAUUUGUUUAUUUAUUUAUUUAUUCAUUUAAAAAAUUUUUUUAAUGUUUAUUUAUUUUUGAGAGGGAUAUAUAUAUUUUGAGAAUAUAUAUGUUUAUAUAUUUUGAGAGGGAGAGAACGAGCACGGGAGGGCAGAGAGAGAGGGAGAUUCAGAAUCUGAAGCCGACUCCAGGGUCUGAGCUGUCAGCAAGGAGCCGGACGACGGACCAAACUCACAAACCCCGGUAUCAUGACUUGAGCCGAAGUCGGCUGCUCAACCAACUGAGCCACCCAGGGACCCCUAUCAGGCUUUGUCUUUUUUUUUUUUUUCCCCCCCUUCACGCUUUGUCUUUAAAGCCCGGUGCCGGGGUCGCCUCCUGGGACCUCAGCAAUUUCCGCUUCUGCCCGUCCCGCGUUAAGUCUAGUCCGCCGCGUGGGCGAGUGUCUAGAGCCCAGGACCCCGAGCGCAGGACGCCCGGCCGGGCGAUCGCACACUUCACUCCCCGGGAUCCACGGAAGCUGGGGAGCGCCUGCGGGACUCCAUUUCCCAGCGCGCCGCGCGGGGAUGCCUAGACGUUGCCGCGGAUAUCAAGCAGGGCUCCGCCCGCGCGGGACGGGAACUGCGCUUCCCAGAAGCCGCCGCGCGUGCGUCCGCAGCGUGCACUGGGCCUAUGAGGACUUUCGGGGGCUGGACUUCCGGCGUCCCGGACUGUCACUUUGCUACCGGGCGUUGGGCCACACCGGUAUUGGUGAACUGGAGCGCCGCGAGCCCCCAGGCGGGUUUCUUAGAAGGUUUGGAGACCCGAGGCGAGGGCUGGGAGGAAGACCCGAGCGGUGGACCGUCUCGCGCACGCCCUGAUUGCGGGCGACGGUCGCGCCCCGAGCCCAGGCUUCUCCGUGAGGAGCCUGGGCCGCUCCGCGGGGCUGUGGGGCGGCGCCCCGAGUCACGUGCUGUCCGACCCCGGGACGGCGGGGGAGGCGGCGCCCUGAGCGACCCUGCCUUAGACGGCCCGGGAGGCUGAGACCAGGAGCCGGCGAGCCCGUGUUGUCCGUCUCUUUCUGCGAGUCCCCAAGUACAGGUUCUGAUGGCGACCGCGGCGCUGACAGACCGGGCCCAGGCCCCGGCGUUCAGGCCAGUGGAGCGUGCACGUGUGAGAUCCCCGCUUCUGGCAGCCAAGGGAGUGAGGUGUAGAAGGAAGUUCCAAGCAGAGGGUCCCGCACGUGCAAAAGCUGGGAGGGGAGACUGAGCCUAGGUGGUUCCGGAGCUGAGCUUCCUGACGUGAGCACGGGAGAGAAAUGGCAGGCUUGAGUUGCAUCGGGGGCCAUGGGAUGAUUCUAACAGAGCCUGGAUAUGCGUUAAGUUAGAGACUUUAAAGUAACCCACCGUUUGCUUGGCGGAGAAAUGACGCAGAGCGGGUGGCUGUGUGCAGGGAGCAGGCAGCACCACAGUCCAGGUGGCCGAAGACGGCACCCGCUGCACGCGGGGCCAGUGGAGAUGGGAAAGUGGCUGGAUUCUGGAACGAUCUGAUGUCUCAGGGCCUGAUGGCCUUUGAGGAUGUGGCCGUGUACUUCUCCCAGGAGGAGUGGGAGCUCCUGGACGCAGCCCAGAGGGCCUUGUACUGCCAUGUGAUGUUAGAGAACUUCGCGCUUGUGUCCUCACUGGGACUCUCUGCCUCACGACCCCGGGUGGUCCUGCAGCUUGAGCGUGGCGAGGAGCCCUGGGUUCUCAGUGGGACAGUUGUGACACCAGCCAGGAAUGCUCAGAGAAAGCCCAGCCCUGGUCCCUGUCAUCUGGCAUAUGACAAGGUUGUUCCUGAAGCAGCUUUGCCAGUGACCUUCCAGAAUGGCUCCCUUCCAGCACCUACCUUCACAGGCACCUGCGAACGUGGGAAAAGCUCAGUGGGUUGGCAGGCCACCUCCCUCUCUCAGGAGAAAAAGUCCACAGGUGUGUCGGUAAUCUAUUGGGAAAGGCUCCUGCUGGGUCCUGGCAGCGGGGAAGCCAAUGUCAGUCUGCGGUUAACCUCUCCACUGAGGACUCCUGAGGAUAGCCCGCCUCGGGAGAAAGCCCUCAUGAACCGCCCCAUGCCAGACAAGCAGCCGAGGCCAUAUGGGGGCCAGAAGCCAUUUGGGCAGGAUGGCUCUGGAAGAGGCUGCCCCAAAAUUCCAGAAUUUGAGGCUAGUCUCACCUCUGGGGAAAGAGAAAAGGGUGGAACUAGCCUCAAGCCUCAUGGACUCCCUGCUAGCCAAGAACCCCCUACCUGGGAUCAGCUGGGCAAGGCCCUCCACACAGGCCCCAGCUUCCUCUCCGGGGAGAAGCCCUUCGAAUGCAGGGCGUGCACCAAAGUGUUUCUGAAGAGCUCCGACCUGCUCAAGCACCUGCGCACCCACACUGGAGAGCGGCCAUACGAAUGCUCUCAGUGUGGCAAGGCCUUCAGCCAGACAUCACACCUGACGCAGCACCAGCGCAUCCACAGCGGUGAGACACCCUAUGCGUGCCCGGCCUGUGGCAAGGCCUUCAGGCAUAGCUCCUCGCUGGUGCGGCACCAGCGCAUACACACCGCUGAGAAGUCCUUCCGCUGCAGCGAGUGCGGCAAGGCCUUCAGCCACGGCUCCAACCUCAGCCAGCACCGCAAGAUCCACGCAGGCGGGCGGCCCUACGCAUGUGCUCAGUGUGGCCGCCGUUUCUGCCGCAACUCGCACCUGAUCCAGCACGAGCGCACGCACACGGGUGAGAAGCCUUACACCUGUGCCCUUUGUGGUGCCGCCUUCAGCCAGGGUUCCUCCCUCUUCAAGCACCAGCGCGUGCACACGGGUGAGAAGCCCUUCGCCUGCACACAGUGUGGCCGCGCCUUCAGCCACAGCUCUAACCUCACGCAGCACCAGCUGCUGCACACUGGGGAGCGGCCCUUCCGCUGCGGGGACUGUGGCAAGGCUUUCGCCAAGGGCGCAGUGUUGCUCAGCCACCGACGCAUCCACACGGGCGAGAAGCCCUUUGUGUGCGCACACUGUGGCCGUGCCUUCCGCGAGCGCCCGGCCCUGUUCCACCACCAGAGGAUCCACACGGGAGAGAAGCCCGUGCGGCGACCUCGGCGUGGGGCGGGCCUGUGCCCCCAAGCCAGGCCUUCUUCAGGAGCACCGUCAGAGGGCACGCUGGGCAGAGUAGCCGGGCCCACUCCCACCUCGGGCCCACCGGCAGUUUCGAAGCCUGCUGACGCCUGAGCUCACAGCUGCAGCCUCCCCCAGGCUGUGGGAAAAUGCCCUUGUGCCCUGUGCAUUCUGGAGAAGCCCUGUGCGUGCCCUGUGGUGCCGUCUGCACAUGGUGACGAUAUUUGCCAUUUCAGCACCAGCUCACUCCAACUCUAAGAGAUCUGACUACAGAAAGAUCAGGGGCAUGGACGUCGAGGCUGGGACUUUGGUGGGCAGAGACUGGGCAAUCAGAGUGCCGCUUCAUGCCUGUUAUGACUGUGAGCACUCAGGUGAGGAGGGGAAUGCUGGAAUGUUGGGGAGGCAGUCCUAGAAAUUUCUGACGCCCGCGCACAUACUGGCCAACAGGCUGGCCCUCAGGAUAUUCUCUCAAGACCUCAGUUCAUCAGAGGCUUCUGGGAGCAGGCCCAGUGGAUAGGAAGUCAGGUUGGGGUCUGGUGUUGGCCUUGGGCUCUGAGCCUCAGUUUCCACCUCUGGGGAAAAGAAAGGAAGAGAGAGGGAGAGAGAGUCAGGCUACAGAGGGUAUUUGCAGCACCGUGACAAGCAGGAUCUCGAUAAGGGCCAACAUGUGCCAACUGCCAGCCCUGUGAGAUGGCUACUAUGGCUGGUAUCCCCACUUCUCAGUUGAGGAAACUGAGGCAGAGAGUGGGAGUGUGCUGCUGCACAGAGCAGAGCCCAGGACUUAAAUCCAGGUCACAGGCCCAGCUCAUCUCUCUGCCCCCAUGCUCUGGCACUCGUGCUCUAGUCUGCCAGUGUGAAGGCUGGGCGAUGCCAGGCCUGGCUUCCUGCACAUGGCAGUCCCACAGGACGUGGAGGAAGUAGAGGUGGAGGUCCCUGGGGUGGGAGGAGGGAGACAAACAUCAAUGUGUUCGUUCAGGUUUCACCCAAGCCUCAGCCCUGGCCAUGCCCUGUUGUUGCCAAAGUCACCAUUACAGGGGUGUUUAUAUCCCCACUGCCCUGGUGACAGGUGACCACGAUAACAGGUUGGAGGAGACCAGAUGGGACUACGUGUUUCUGCAGGGUCAGUGGGCAGGUGCCCACCUGUUCUCUUCCCUCAGUUGGAAAGAGGAUUUGCUGUUACCUAAGGCCACGUGUGUGUGAUGCCCUCCCAUCAUGGGACACCUCCACGUGGCUGGGACACGUGGUGGACUGGGGCCCAGGUUUCUCCCUGUGGCCCUCAGCAGAGCAGGCCCUGUCUUGACCUCAGGCCUCACCCCUAGGGAUGUUAGUGGUCUCUUUUCUUGGGAACAAAAAAGAAAAGACCAAAAAUUAUAAGUUGGAGUGGAUGUACAUUGUGUAAAUCCCUGCACAGCACUGUGGAAAUCCACAACCUCAGUCUCUUCUCCCAGCCUCCAGGUCAUGGUUCAGACAGCUUUAACAACACAGUCUAGAGAGGCUUCCUGAUAAAAAUUUCUUUGUCAAACAUG